UCAGAGAAGUCGAAACUAAAUUUUACAAUUUUUAUUAUAAAAGGUAUAAAUUUAUUAUAAUCCUUCCGUAAUAAAUAAAUAUAUAAUUUUAUAAAAUAAAGCAAAUAUUUCUUUACUAAACAUAUUCACUAGGUAUGUCACACAUUAAUGACUUGAUAGGUGUAUGGAGAGGUCUGCGGCUUGUGGUGGAGGCAGGCCUUAAGGUCCAGCAAGAGAAUUCUAAAUUAAUCUGGAAUAACUCUACCCUAAAAACUCUCAUACAAACAUGCCCAACUAACACACUCACAGCUUACAAACCAACUCCUGACACUCUAAAAGAAUAUUUGGAACGUGCUUUGGUUGUUGCACAUGGCUUUAGGCAGUAUGCCACUAUGCAUGUGCCUAAUGUUGAGUCUGAUUUAGAAAAGAGAGCUGAUAUGGAUGCCCAAUUGAGAGACGAGAUUGAAGAGCUAAAUAGAGAGUUUAAUAAAACAUUUGAGACCUUAAAUAAAGUUGAAGAUAUCAAAAUGAAUUCUACCGCAGCUGAUCAACAGAUUAUAAGUCCACUUGAAAAAGUCAAAUUAAGGACAGAAAGGGACAUUUUAGAAUCACAACCUCAUGCACCAUCAAUAUCAAACAUAGCGGCUACAAGUACUUCUGGAGCAGCUAUAUCUACAUCAGCAGUUCCUAAGCCAAUAGCUAAAAAGAAAAUAAGAGUUUCUUUGAGUGAGAACUCGAAAGCCCGUGUUGUGCCAUCUUCACGUAUUGGUCGCAUGAUAUCAUUUGGUUCUCUGGCUGCUGGACUUGGAGUGGGCACAGUAGCACAGUAUGCGAGAAACACUUUUCAGUCAGUUACCGGACGGGUGGAGGAUUCCGCUAACGCUUUCUUGUCACCUGCUAAUGCUGAACGGAUUGUUGAUACUCUGUGCAAAGUUAGAGGUGCUGCAUUAAAGUUAGGGCAACUCCUCAGUAUCCAAGAUGACACAAUGAUGUCCCCAGAGCUACAGCGUAUAUUUGAGCGGGUUCGUCAAUCUGCAGACUUCAUGCCGUCAUGGCAGGUAGAAAAAGUCAUGGCUUCACAAUUAGGAAGUGACUGGAGGAGCAAGGUCAUGCAUUUUGAGGACAAACCCUUUGCUGCUGCCAGUAUAGGUCAAGUGCAUCUAGCUGUAUUACAUAAUGGGCAAGAAGUGGCUAUAAAAGUACAGUAUCCAGGUGUAGCGAUGGGAAUCAACAGUGACAUUGACAAUCUAGUUGGAGUCAUGAAGGUAUGGAAUAUAUUUCCUAAAGGCAUGUUCAUUGAUAACAUAGUAGAGGUUGCAAAGAAAGAAUUAGCAUGGGAGGUGGACUACAUUCGCGAAGCUGAAUGCACGAGGAAGUUCAAACGGCUUUUAGCACCAUACCCUGAAUACUUUGUUCCGGAUGUCAUUGACAACCUCUGCGCUGCUGAAGUGAUCACAACGGAACUGAUUGACGGUAUGCCACUGGACAAGUUGUUCGAUGCGCCAAUGGAGACUCGAGUGGACAUUUCUUCCAAAAUUAUGAAACUUUGCCUUCGAGAGAUGUUUGUGCUGCGGUGCAUGCAGACUGAUCCUAACUGGGCGAAUUUCUUUUAUAAUACUAAUAGCAAACAGGUAAUCCUUCUUGAUUUUGGCGCCACACGAGAAUAUUCAAAAGAGUUCAUGGAUCAAUACAUUGAGAUCAUCAAAGCAGCAUCUGACGGCGAUCGUGACGCCAUCUUGCGGAAAUCACGUGAAAUGAAGUUCCUUACUGGUUAUGAGUCAAAGAUCAUGGAGGAGACCCAUAUAGAUACCGUCAUGAUAAUGGGUGAAGUAUUCACUAGUGAAGGUACAGGAGAAUUCGACUUUGGCACACAAAGAACAACGAGACGGAUACAAGCUUUGGUACCUACCAUAUUGACGCAUCGCCUCUGUCCACCCCCAGAAGAGAUAUACUCCUUGCAUAGGAAAUUAUCGGGAGUAUUCUUACUGUGUUCUAAGAUGAAAGUUAAAUUGAAUUGUAGAGAUAUGUUUAAUGAGAUUUAUCAACAAUACAAAAGUAAUAUUGUAAGAUAAAGUACAUUAUCAAAAUCUGUAAUAUUUAAUAUGCCGUACUAUUUAAUAAAAUAUUAAUUAAUCUCAUAACACAAGUCACAAAUGACAAAGCACUAUCUUUAUUAUAACAAACGAAAAAUAAGGACAUUCGUAGAAGCUUCAUAAAUAAAUAGUUAUUAGUCAAAGUGAAUAAUACCACUGUUUUAACCAGUUCUGACGCUCAGCAGCUAGAUUUAUAUGCUGUGGUGAACCGUCAGUUCUAUCGUCAUUCCAGUUACAUUUUUUUAAAUUCAUUAUAAUAAUAUAUUUUUUUAAUACAAUAGUACAAGCUGAAAAUAAAAAUCAGGUUACCUGUAAAAAUUUCUUAUACAAUAACACCUCUUUUUGUAAUUUAAUUUCGUAUAUACUGUGUUUUAUUUUGUACCUGAGCGCACUGUGACACUACUACUUCUAAAAACAAAACUAAACCGAAUAAAUAGAUUAUUAUUAAAAUAUUUUUUGUUAUGUCGAACCUACAUGUAUACAAUAUAUGGAUAUCAUAUCUAUUAAAUAAAAAAACGUAGUUUCUGUAUUCUAUUUAUAUCUGUAUGUUAUACAUAUACAUUUAUUAUGUUAUAUCAUGGUGUAAUAGGCUCCUAAUACAAAUGUUCACUGUUAACGAAUUGAAUGUAUAAUGUUUAAGUAAUAAGUGUUGAGUAAGCCUGUGUAUUAUUAAUUCGUAUACUUUAUUGUUGUGGAUGGAUUAUGUAUUCGUAUUUAUUGUCAUAUAUGUGAUAACAUGUCAUAAUAUCUACUGACGUCUACGAAUUUAUGUAUAUAUAACUAUUACUAGUAUUUGCAUCAAGAUGCAUUUAGUAACUUAAUAUGAUGUAAUUAUAUUAUUAUAAAUAU